AUGAUGGCAGCCCUUGAGGCUGUUGAAUCGUACUUUGGAAAGAAAUACACCCAGACCUUUGAUAUAGUAAUUGAUUUUAAAAUCACCUGCCUAUCAGUUGGAAAAUAUGGAAACAAUCGCUCCAACCUGUAUUCUUUGGAGAUUAUAAACACGACGAUGGGGGGCAAUAUCUUGGCAAGACAUAGUAGUGAUUCAUCUGCAGAUACAAAUGUAGAUUGGUCUGGUUGGUUCCAGUUUAUUCAGACUGAUAAUGGUGUUAUUCCUGUGACAUUCUACUCCCGUGAACAAGAUGCUAAUAUAAUUAACAUCAAAAAGGCUAUUGUGUCUGCUUUUCAAAUCAAUUCUUUAGGUGAAAAACUAAGAUCUGAAUCUGACCCUCAGUCCCAGCAUAUAUCUAACUACACUGCUUCUGCGAGUAUCCAAGAUAUGAAAAAUGGUAUACUUAAUGUGCAUCGAGAAAUAGUUUCUGGAGAGGUUGUAGGCUAUGCUCAGCAUGUCCCAAAUGAAGAAGUAAAACUUGUGAAAAGAGAAGAUUUGACAUACGACAAGGGGAAACUAUCCCGUGCAAAAGGAACUGUCUACUGCAAAUUGAUGACAGAGGAAAAUGUAAAUCAAGACACUGACAGGCAAAGUGACUCAUUGGAGAAUGAGAGACAGCAGGAUAAGAGAGAUACCGUUGCAAGUGAAGGUCCAUAUAAUCCUGAUGCAAAUCAAACGUACGACAGUAAUGUGACUACCAAUAGUUUUGAGUCAAGUGGAAAUUACAAUUUAACGUUUGUUAAGAAGUACCGCUCACGCAACCGAAGAAGUGUCAUUGAUCAUGCUGACUUACCGAAUGCAGUAAUGACAUCAUUGCUUGGAUCUAUUAAUCAAACUCAGAAGGUUAUGAUGAAAAUAAUUGAGCUGAACAAUUUCCUUGGCGAUAUAAGGAAAUCCCUGAAAUUUCUUCAUGACCAUCCACAAAACCUAACUAUAGCUCACAAGCUCGAAAAAUUAAUUAAAUUAGAAGCUGAGUAUGGCCAAGCACCAUCUUUUGAUCCAGCAAUUGAUAUUGUUUUGGAGUACCUUAAACCCCUCAUUGGCUCAAACAGCACUAAAGAUAUCAGGAUGCGAUUUCAACUCUACUUCAUUAUCGCACCAGCAGGAAGUAUUUCAUCACAAAUGGCACUUAUUCAAGGUUUUGAAAAGGCUGUUAAUGAUGAUGAAGAGGAAACUGCUGCAGUGUACAUAUCUAUAGUUGCUAACCCACAGCCUCGAUUUGUUGCCAGAUUGGAGUAUCUAAUUUCAUCCGAUGUCCAUUUAAAUCACCCUCUACUACUAGCUUAUGGUGCCCUAUUAUCUAGAGCGUCUCCAGAGUUACAACACCGUAUGAUUCUAUUUCUAUUCGAUCGACUCCCAGAAGCAGAGAAAAACAAUUAUUCUCUCAUACACCAUAUUCUUUCCCUUGGAAACACAGCUUCACCUAAAAUGUCAGACUUUCUUGUGAACUAUCUUAGCCAUUCUCAGGUGGAUGUCCAGCUGAGUACAAUUUUAGCUAUGCGAUUUAUAAUGGAUGAUGCUCUGAUACAAGUGUCUCUCAAAGAAUUUCUUAGUGGACCCAAGGUGACUGCAGAUCAUCUGACUAUGAUUGGAAAAGCUCUACUCUAUGGUACUGAAAGAGCCAAGGUCAAUGGUGAGAAAAAGCCAUAUUCAUCUGAUAUUGCACAGUUACUUGUUUUGUCUGCAUUGGGCACUAGCAACGAUGAACUUAUUUCCUCCCUUACAAGCUAUCUUGAAACAAUCAAUACUGAGCAUUCAACAUCUCUUCUUCAUUACAUGCAAAAUUCCAACACAACACGUUUCCGCAGGGGAACAAAUUGGGCUGAGAGUAAAUCUGUAUAUGACCUGGUCGAAAGCUCUACAGAUCGUGUAAAUGACACCAAGCAAUAUCCAAGUUACAUCUCUUAUAUAUGGGGAAAGCAGUUAGGUGGUAAAGAUAUUAAUAUACAAGUGGCUGCAGGUGUCUUUGCUGGUGCCAAUGAUACUGGUGAUUACAAACUUUUUGGGCACGCCGUAGCGAAGGCUCAUUGUUAUGAUUAUACUUUAACAAUGCUUGAAUUUCUUGUUAUGCGCAAAAAAGAUGAACUAUCCACUGUAAGUGACCUGUACGCAAUUGUGAUGGGGAAUACUGUGAAGAAAGUUCAUGUAGAUCAAGAUUCAACUGUAUGCAAAACAUAUGACGAACCUGUCUACGAAGCAAAGGAGUACACAAUAUUUGACUUCACCUACAGUGUAUUUGUGGUGGUUGGUACCUUAGAUUUUGAACUAACAGCCCAUGCUCACUUCACAGCUGGGUUGUAUGUAGAGUUCUGUGAAGGUAAGGGAAGAAUAACCGCAGGUGCUGGCCUGUCUCCAACACUAACCUUAACUGUUGCUGCUUCCGGUGAUUUAGAAGUUGCUUUAGUUGCUAAGGCUGGUCUCACAUUAUCGGCAACCUUAAACUACCAACUGCUUCCAGAGGUCACCUCAAAUAUAUGCUAUUCAACUAAAGAUGGAGUAUCAAUCAGCAAUUGCAUUGGAAUCUACCACCAGUGGGAAGAUAACAAGAUUGAAUUGUACGCAUGGUAUGCAUGGAGAGGAUGGUGCGGAUGGUUUGUAUGCACAGGAAAGGAUGCUUACAAGAAAAAGCAUAAAAUAGAUGCCCUAUCCUUUUCAUGGAAUGUUAAGGGAACAGGAAAGAUGACUAUUUAUAAGAAAUGUCUCGGGAGUCUGACUUGCACAGACGGAUUUUAG